AUGCCGUCACUUCAGCGUCUAGUUCUCACAACAGCAUAUCUAGUGGGGACAGGUGUCUGCAACUUUGUGGGCGUCCAAUCUCUGCCAGAAGCAGGGUCACGGGCAGCUCGCCUGUCAUUGAUUAACCUCAUGUCUUUGUUCUUCUCUGGGGGCAACGAGUUUGGCGCACGCCUUCUCGGCGUGUCACUUGGUACGUAUGGAGCCUUUCAUCGGACUGUUGGGUUUGUCACUGUUAUUCAAGCCAUCAUCCACGUUGUGAUCAUUGCGAAGACGAGAUCAAUUUCUGCAUCGGAUAACUUGCAGUUCUAUGGUAUCUUGGUAUAG